GUCCACACUGUCACAAAGUCCAAAAACCUUUGGAUUCUCGAGAACUACUUUCAGACAAACUUUGUAGACACGCUCCGUUUCGCCACCGCGGGCGUGCGAGACGCUCGUGGGUGGGACGGUGUCGGCCAAUCACAGCUUUCAGUGAAGCACGUUCACGUGGGUGAUAUGAGUUCACCAGGCCAAUCGUCGCACAGAUGAAGAAAAAGACGUGAAAGUCAUAUGUUGGUAACAGGAAGUGACGUAAUUCUGCGCGAGGCUGAAAAAGUCACAAAAAAACUUGUGUCUGGGCAGUUACAAAUUAUUACACUUCUAAAAGUGACUACUGGGUGGGUUAGUGUUUCUCUUCGGGUACACUUUCAAAACUAGGAAUAGUUAUGCCGUUCGUUGAUUGCUCAACUGAUCACGCGCAGUUUGGCUCAGAAAGCGACAGGUGGCGCCCAAGUGUUACACUGCUAGUUUGGGACCAGCAAACAACCACGACAUUGAAGCAGAAGAAAAAAAACGGGGAAGACGAGAAGGAGAAGGCUGUCGUUCAGAGCGUUGUAAUGGGCUGUAGUUUCCAUGGCGACCACCGAGUACAACUCCAGGGUUGGUGCGGUAACCACAACCGCCUCUCCAAGCAAAGAAAGCACAAAAUCUGAUGGCCACAUCCCCCGCCGGCGAACUGCUGUCACUGAAGUGAGGCGUGGUGAAAGAAGGAACUGUUGUGCCCUUAAAGAGAAAAGAAAGCUUCAGAAGGGCAAGAGGCGUGGCCAAGAGGAGAAAGUGGGAGUGACAGUGAAGAGGACAUGGAGUGGUGGGAAGCGGCGAUGGGAUAAGAAACAUUACUGCGUGUUCUGUCGCCGACCACAGGUGAAGAUUGCCCGCCACCUGCUCAGGAAACAUGCAGACGAAAAGGAAGUUGCGGCCGCCAGCACGCUGCCGACAGGCUCCAAACAACGCCACCUGUUGCUUGAGCAGCUGCGCUGCAGAGGCAACUACCUGCACAAUAUUGAGGUGAUCAGACAGGGCCGUGGCGAGAUUGUCCCUUGGCGUCAGCCCUCACAGGAAGUGGAUGCCAGGAACUACCUUCCGUGCCCACUCUGCCUUGGUUUCUUCCUGCGUGCUGACCUCUGGAAACACCAGGCUUCUUGUCGCAGGAAAAUGGCCUCUGAAUCCGCCAAAGAUUCAAGUCACCUGAUAGCAGAUAUGACCUGUGACUCCACAAAGGACACAACCUCUGACUCAACAGGUGUUGGGAUCAGUGACUUGCCAGAAGAUGCAACGCUUCAUCUGUCUGGGUUGGACAAGGUUGGCGCUUCUGAGCAUGUAACAGCCAUCUCUGAACUCGGGAUGGAGCCUCCCAGGAAGCGCUGCAGGGUCCAGGCUGCGGCAUCCCGCCUGUUGCCUAUUUGCAGUGAAGCCUCUGAGAGCUGCAGUGAAAUCCUGCACCGCAUGAACCAGGACCAUGUCUCAUAUCAGGUGAAAUCUGAUUGGUUGAUCUGUAAGUAUGGGAACACACUGAUGGGCAACCAAGAGAGCAGCCAAAUGAGGUAUGACUACGUCAGUCAGAAGCUGAGGAAGCUCGGCAAGUUCCUCCUGGCUGCUAAAUCUUUGGACUCCGGCAUUCAGAACCUCCAGGACCUCUUGGCUCCAAGAUGCCUCAGCCUAGCAUUGGCUGCUGCCAGGAAGGCAUCUGGUUAUCAGUGGAGCCGCCCCCCCCUAGCGGUGAAGACGACGCUCAAGGCUGUUUGCGAGAUCGCCAUAGGAGAGAGCCUUCAAGAUGGCGACUGGGAGACUGCUGCCAGGACUACUGACUUCUAUCACCUCCUAGGGAGGGACUGGGACAACUUGGGCCUACUGACCACUAAAUCAGCAACAGCAGCUGAGGAAGAGAACCUGAAGAAUAAACUGGUUCAAUCAAGAGGUGAAAAGAAGUAUAAAGCGCCUGGUGAAGAGGACUCUCACCGCCAACCGCAGCUCCUGUCUGAGAAUAUAAACCGAAAGAUGGAGUCCAUACCAAAGACUCCUGUGACAGCACACAAGAAGGUCCAGCGUCGUCCGUGGUCAUCGGCAGAGAAAGAGGCUGUCUGGAGACAACUGGGAGUCCAUGUAUUGGUGCAGACUGUACCAGGAAAGGAGGUCUGUCAGAGAUGUCUGGACCUAGAACCUGUUCUUAGGGGACGACACUGGAAAGAUGUCAAAAACCAGGUUCACAACCAGAUCCAGAGCCAAAAGAAACAACAGUUCCAUGCUCAGAUGGAUAUUCAGCAGAACGGGGUUCAACAAGAUCUACCCCAAAACCCAGUGAAGCAACAGCAAAUACAAAUGAAACCACAGCUUAAAGUCCUCAUCCAGAACCAGAAGAAACAACUGUGUCAUGCCCAAUUGGAUCCAGUGGAACAAAUUCAUCAUCAGAACAUCAAACAUCAGUACCAAACCCAAACGGACCAACAAGACCAGGACAACCUUCAGAAUAAACAGCAGUGCCAGGCCCAAAUUGACCACCAGGACCACAUUCAGGUCGACAAGAAGGAGCAGUACCAUGCCAGACUUGAUAACCAGGAACACAUUCAGGACCACAGGAGGCACAUUUACCAUAUGGACCGGCAGAACCCAGGACCACAAAUUAAUAUGAACAGGGUGAGUUUCACUGUCACUGAUGCACCCUUUGUACCUGACGGGACACAUGGUGCCCCAGAGCAGUUGCUGGACAAGUCCGUCAGUCCUUAUGGACUUGCACAAAGAACUCCUGGGCCCCACAUGGACCAGAUGUUGUCUAGAACCAUAUGGACAGAUGAAUGUCUCGGCCAGAACCUCCCCGUCAGUAAGCCGCUGGCCAGGAACCUCCUCCAGGAUCUGGUCUCAGGAGGACAUCCAUCUAACCCAUAUUCUAGGAAUACGCACUACUGAGCCUAAUUCUGUACCAUCUUUGUCCACAUUUUAACCUGGGUUCUACUUGCAAAAGAACCUAACCAGCCAUUGAUCUGUUAACAUAAUCAGGAACCUCCUCUAAGAACAUCAACCCCAACUGAAGUGACAGGUACUUUGUGAUGUGAUGUAAUUGAGUGUGUACUCACACUAGACCACAACGGGCAAAUUACGGCCCACGAGCCAUAUGCCGAACAUUUCCAAAUGUUUUUUUGUAAACAUUAAAGCUGUAGCCGGCGAUAUGAUUUGCAAUGCUAUUUUUAAAUUACCUUAAGGUUUUAUGAAACAUUAAAGCCGUAGCCGGCGAUACGAUUUGCAAUGCUAUUUUUAAAGUACCCUAAGUCUUGAACUAUCAAAAUAAUCCCAGUGGUUUGUGACGCUGGAGACCCUGCACUUUCCAGUGAUAUGCAGGUCAUUAUGGUAAUCGUGUCACAGCAGCUUUAAGUACAUUAGACUUUGAUACAAAGCAGAGUGGAGGUUUUUUUGCAGAGCAGCAGGCGCAUGGUUGACGGAAAAGGACAGCAGCAGCAAGCUUUUUAUGACAAAGUUCUGGAGAAAAUAGAUUUUUUUGAACAUUUCGGUGUUUUUUGCUUCUGUUUUUUGUCAUGUUGUUUGUCAUGGUUUUUGCUUGAUUGCAAACAUGUGGAGGAGGUUGUCUGGGAAGUAAACAAAUGUUAAACUCAUAUGCUUUAUAGUUAAUAGUUUGUAUUGUAAAUCCAAAAUCCGUGUAUACUUGAAUGAAGGAUGACCCAAGCACAUACAACACAUUGUGUAUAUUCUGGCUCCCCUAGCCACAUUUUUUUAACCCAGUGUGGUAUAAACAAAGCCAGCAGUAGCCAUUAUUUAGCAAAUGUAGGUGUAUGGAGGCCAGAUGCAUGUCAGACUGGCUGCCCUGUAUAUCAGUCAAGUAACAAAUGUCAUAGUGAUGUCUGACGUUUUUUUAAUGCCAUGUGAUCGACCCACAUUACGUUUGAGAUAGUACCAAUGCUAAUGUGUGAGUUAUUGGUUCUAACUAUUGCUUAUCAUCUCUAUUACAUUAGGUAAUGCGAGUAUAAAGAUGACUAUAGGGGUGAUAUUUCAAGUCUACAGGGCCCUAAUAAUGUUGAACAAUGUUCUCAGAAGGUAAGAAACAGGUUUCCUGUGCUAUAACUAUGAAAGUAUUACAUUUGUUAAUAUUGAAUCCUACUUAGCGGAAAUUCACUUAUCACGGUCAUGUUGAACCAAUUAAUUGCGAUAAAGAAGGGAUGACCGUAGUGCAGUGGGGCGUCCAAACUUUUUCCACCAAGGGCCACAUACUGAAAAAUGGAAGGACGCAUGGGCCACUUUGAUAUUUUGUAAACCAACACAUAUAGAUAUGCUAAGAAGUUUUAUAUAUAUAUAUACUGUAUAUAUAUACUAAUUAUUAUUAUAUUACUAUACUUCGAGAAAAAAAAUCCAUCUCAGCUUUGUGAUAUAGGUCAGUGUUUCCCAACCUUCUUUGUCUUGUGUACCCCCAGAGCCUUUUUGGCAUACCAUGGGUACCCCCUCACUCAUACGUGGUGACAAUUCUAAAGUAGAAUGUAACACAACUGUUAUGAUUUUGGUGCACUUGUACCACAGGUUAUUGUCUUCCUGGGGAAACUAGCUGUAGCGUACAUAUUCCAUUUAAUUUUCUGGCUUAAUAUGAAAUGACUGAGAAUAUUAACUUGUCUUGCAAAUACUUGGAAAUUAAAUGUUUCCACGAACACCGUAAUUUGGUUGGAUACACCUAGGGUUAGGGCAGGGGUUGGCAACCUUUAGUGUCAAAAGAGCCAUUUUGUCUCUUCUUCCAGGAAAGAAAAAUAUUCUGGAGUUUCACUGAACAAACUGACCCCUUGCCCCUUCGCUUGCUCAUCCAAUCAGCAGUCAGAACACAGUGUAGAUGCAUUCACGGACUAGCGUUGAGUUGGAUAUUUCAAAGUCUUUUAGAAAACGCACAUUUCCUUUGCUUCGGUGUUUUAAAAAAAUCAGAGCUUGGUGUGGGAGCUGCGGAUUGCCGACCACUGGCAUAGGGAAGAGUAGGUGAAACAUUUUAAUUCUAUUAUUAGUAUGAACGUCAGUGUUUGGUCUUUUUCCCCCUUCUGCUGUUUUUUUUUUUUUACCACUUUAAAAACCUUUAAUAUUUAAACUUUAUCUACUAAAAUGUUAUUUUUCCUCAUAAUGUGAUGUUAGUCUUAUACAAUUAAGAUUUUUCCCAUUCGUUUCCAACUUUUUUUCUCUUAAUAUUUUCACUUUAUUCUUGUAAAGUUACUGCAGAUUUUAAAAUGUUUGCUUUUUUGUAGUUUUCUUGUUAAAUUCUAUUUUUAGAAUGGGCCAUUAAAAGACUAGCCGCAGCCGCAAAUAGAACACAGGCUGCAACCUAGCUUUGGACAUCACUGGCCCAGUGUGAGUACAACAUUUGUUGCAUUUCUUGUAAAACUUCGUAUUUAAUGAACACCUUCUAAUUUACUCUGUGGCGUCAAGGUCUUCACACCUGUGCUUGGCAUUCUACAGCAGGCAAACUAAUAAAACCCUAAUAUAAUGGUAGAGGAAACACUGAAAUAAUUCAAUGAAAGCGUUGUUUUUUCCCCCCUGCAACAUCUGAUGAACUGUUG